AUGGCGUCCCCGGCGCCGCCGCCGCCGCGAUACGACGCGACCUCUCCCGCGGAGGACGCCGCCGACGCCGCCGACGACGAGUGGCACUUCGUGAACGCGCGCGGGGCGAGGGAGGGCCCGACGUCCGCGACCGCGCUCGCGUCCGCGCUCGGGACGGACGCGGCGCGAUGGGAGUCGACGUGGGUGUGGUGCGCGGAUCGAUGCGCGGAGUGGACGCCCGCGGCGCGCGCGGACGCGCUCUCGGCGCGCAUGCGCGCGGCGAUCGCGCGCGGCGGUGGCGUCCACUCCGCGGACGAGGAGAAGCCCGCGUCGCCGUACGAGGACGCGUCGCGCGGAGACGAGCGCGCGACGACGACGACGUUCGGAUCUGACGCCGACGCCGACGCGGCGGCGGCGGCGGCGGCGGCGGCGGCGGCGGCGACGACGUUCAUCUCCCCCCCGCCCGCGCCGUCGUCGAGAUCCCCCGCCGCGGCGACGGAGCUCCUCGACGACGCGACGUGGCUGCGCGAGGCGUUGGCGACGUCGCGCGGGGAGACCGCCGUCGCGACCGCGAGAGAGAAGGCGCUCCGAGAGGAGUUGGAGGCGACGCGCGAAGCUCUGCGCGAGGCGCGAGAGGAGGCGGCGUCGCUGCGAUUGGUCUUGAAGGGAAAGGUUCUAGGGCGGGUGUUGAGGGACGCGAACGGACGCGGGAGGAGGUCGAGCGGCGCUCGUCGCGGCGGGGUCGGCGUCGGGUAUUGUUAG